AGACAUUAUAUAGCUAUGUUUGAAUCCUCACAAAAUGUGAUGCUAAAGCCAACAGAGUUGUGGCGUGAAACCCUCCUGGACAUCAGAGUUAUGGAGCUUUUCUUUACAGUACAUCGAAAAAUCAGAGAGGAUACAGAUAUGGCACAAGACUCUCUACAGUGCUUAGCACAGCUAGCUUCUCUGCAUGGGCCAGUCUUUCCUGAUGAAGGUUCACAAGUUGAUUAUCUGGCACAUUUCAUUGAAGGAUUAUUGAAUACUAUCAAUGGAAUUGAAAUAGAGGACUCUGAAGCAAUGGGAAUCUCCAGUGUUUUCAGCAACCUGAUAACUGUGUUUCCUCGCAAUGUUUUAACUGCCAUUCCAAAUGAACUUUUCUCUUCAUUUGUUAACUGCCUCACACACCUCACCUGUUCUUUUGGGAGAAGUGCUGCACUGGAAGAAGUGCUUGACAAAGAUGACAUGGUAUACAUGGAGGCAUAUGAUAAAUUGCUGGAAUCCUGGCUUACCUUGGUACAAGAUGACAAACAUUUCCACAAAGGUUUCUUUACCCCACAUGCUGUUCAGGUUUUUAAUUCUUAUAUUCAGUGCCACCUAGCUGCUCCUGAUGGUACAAGGAAUUUGACUGCCAAUGGUGUAGCCUCUCGGGAGGAAGAAGAAAUAAGUGAACUGCAGGAAGAUGACAGAGAGCAGUUCUCUGACCAGCUGGCCAGUGUAGGCAUGCUCGGAAGAAUUGCUGCAGAACACUGUAUACCUCUUCUUACAAGUUUAUUAGAAGACAGAGUGACAAGGCUCCAUGGUCAGUUACAAAGACAUCAGCAGCAGUUACUUGCCUCACCAGGAUCAGGGUCAAUGGACAAUAAAGUGCUUGAUGACCUGUAUGAGGAUAUUCAUUGGCUUAUUUUAGUCACAGGCUACCUCUUAGCUAAUGAUACUCAGGGAGAGACUCCAUUAAUACCUCCAGAAGUAAUGGAAUAUUCCAUUAAGCAUUCAACUGAGGUUGACAUGAAUACAACACUUCAGAUCCUAGGAUCUCCAGGAGAAAAGGCCUCUUCCAUCCCAGGAUACAACAGAACUGAUUCUGUAAUUAGGUUAUUAUCUGCUAUUCUAAGAGUUUCAGAAGUAGAAUCUCGAGCAAUAAGGGCAGAUCUAACACACCUUCUGAGUCCACAAAUGGGAAAAGAUAUUGUAUGGUUUCUUAAGCGUUGGGCAAAGACCUAUCUCCUAGUGGAUGAAAAACUGUAUGACCAGAUAAGUCUACCGUUUAAUACAGCAUUUGGUGCAGACACAGAGGGUUCCCAGUGGAUUGUGGGUUACCUCUUAGAAAAAGUAAUCAGUAACCUGGCAGUAUGGAGUUCUGAGCAGGACCUUGCGAAUGACACUGUACAGUUGCUAGUAACAUUAGUGGAAAGGAGAGAGAGGGCAAAUUUAGUAAUUCAGUGUGAGAAUUGGUGGAAUUUAGCUAAGCAGUUUGCGAGGCGAAGCCCACCUCUUCACUUUUUGUCCAGUUCUGUUCAGAGAACACUAAUGAAAGCUCUAGUUUUAGGAGGUUUUGCUCAUAUGGACACAGAUACAAAACAGCAAUACUGGACAGAGGUUCUUCAGCCACUUCAGCAGCGAUUCUUGAAUGUGAUAAACCAAGAAAACUUUCAACAGAUCUGUCAAGAGGAGGAGGUGAAACAGGAAAUCACUGCCACACUAGAAGCACUUUGUGGCAUUGCUGAGGCUACCCAGAUAGAUAAUGUAGCAAUACUCUUUAACUUUCUGAUGGACUUCCUUACCAAUUGCAUUGGAUUAAUGGAGGUGUACAAAAACACACCAGAGACUGUUAACCUCAUAAUAGAAGUUUUUGUUGAAGUUGCACAUAAACAAAUAUGCUAUCUCGGAGAGUCCAAAGCCAUGAAUUUGUAUGAGGCCUGCCUGACUCUACUUCAAGUAUAUUCCAAGAAUAAUUUAGGUCGGCAGCGAAUAGAUGUUACAGCAGAAGAGGACCAAUACCAGGAUCUUCUUCUUAUUAUGGAGCUUCUUACUAACCUUCUGUCAAAAGAAUUUAUAGAUUUCAGUGAUACAGAUGAAGUAUUUAGAGGACAUGAGCCAGGACAAGCUGCAAAUAGAUCUGUGUCAGCAGCAGAUGUAGUCUUAUAUGGGGUUAAUCUAGUUCUCCCAUUAAUGUCACAAGAUCUGCUGAAAUUUCCAUCUCUGUGUAAUCAGUACUACAAAUUAAUCACCUUCAUCUGUGAGAUAUUUCCUGAGAAAAUUCCUCAGCUUCCAGAAGACCUUUUUAAGAGCCUAAUGUACUCAUUGGAGUUAGGGAUGUCAUCGAUGAGUUCUGAGAUUUGCCAGCUCUGUCUGGAAGCUUUAACACCAUUAGCAGAACAAUGUGCUAAAGCACAAGAAACAGAUUCAUCACUAUUUCUAGCAACAAGGCACUUUCUUAAGAUGGUCUUUGAUAUGCUGGUACUACAAAAGCACAAUACAGAGAUGACAACUGCAGCAGGUGAAGCAUUCUACACAUUAGUGUGUUUGCAUCAGGCUGAAUAUUCAGAACUAGUUGAAACAUUACUAUCAAGUCAACAAGAUCCAGUCAUUUACCAGCGGUUGGCAGAUGCAUUCAACAAGCUUACUGCAAGCAGCACUCCUCCUUCACUGGACCGUAAGCAGAAGAUGGCCUUCCUAAAGAGUUUAGAAGAAUUUAUGGCAAAUGUUGGUGGACUCCUCUGUGUAAAAUAAACAACAACAAAACUCCAUGCCUAAUUUAGACCCUUUCUGCAAAAUGCACUGAGAAAUGCUGAAAGCUGACUAAACCUUGUAUCUGUUUCUGGGUUCUUUGCAGCCAUCUCAGAUUUUAGAGAGCCUGGAAGUUUGAUUUAACACAGUUGAAUAGGAGAGGUCAACUUUUGAAUCAGCUUCUGCUAUUGUGUUAGUCACAAUCUGUCAUUACUUGUAUGUUGUAGAGAAUGAACAACAAAUUGAAAUUUUAAAAGAAAAUUCCAUAUAUGUGCAAACAGAUAUGGGCACAUGAAAAAUAGUGCCUUUUCCCCAUUAGCUUAAAACAUAAGUGGCUGGACAAACUUUUAAAGAUUUUUUUUUUUCUGAAAACCAUAUUAGAGUAUGAUGUAGACACAUACAGAACUGUAAACAGUGUAGCUGAUUGAAGCUUUAUUUUUUCUCUCUGAAGAUUGAGUUUAUGAUCCAAGGGAAAAACACCAAAUGGUAUUUUUUAACUUGCGUUUAGUUUUGUUUUUCUACAUCACCUGAUGUUGCAUGUUUUAUGUCAUACAGGUUUCUACAUUAUAUUCUGCUGCCUAAAGUUCAGAAGGAAAAAGGUGUAUAUUUUUGUUCCCCUAAAAUGAACUUUAGGAACUGUAGCCAUUUCAUUGCCUUAAUUUAAAACAAAACAAAA